AUGGACAUCCCCUCGAUUGACCCCAGCUAUUUAAAGCUCUUCCAAGCCGUUGAAUCCCGCUUUGCACAGGCAACCUCCAUCCCUGCCGACAAAUGGGCCAUCCUAGCGACUACCACCCUCGCCGCAGGCCCAGACCCUGAACGCGCUGACCAACUAUAUCUCUAUUUGACUUCGCAACCCGCCUACAGUACCUCCGACGCCAGAAAGCAGCUCGUGCGGCGUCUGCGGGAAGCCCUCCUGAAGUCAGUCAUUAUUGUCGGCGUCUGCAAGCCCAUCGAAGCAAUCCUCGCCAUAUCAAAGGUCGAAAAGGAAGAAGACAAGGACUACUCUUCGGCAACGCGCGAGGGCUGGGCUUGUGACGAAGCAAACCAUGAGCGUGGUGUUACUUGGUUCAAUAAGCUGUACGCGAGGAACGGCAAUGCUACACUGGAUCUGUUUGCUGCGCACAAAGACUUCUCUUGGUUAAGUACGGAGAUUACUUAUGGGCUUUUCCUGAGCGAUCGCCAGGUCUUAGACGAUGUGGAUACGCAGAUGGUGGUGCUUCCAGGAAUUAUGAGCCAGAAUCUGCCCAAUGAGACGCAUUGGCAUAUUCGGGGCACCAGGAGGCUCGGGGUCCCCAUUGAGGAUGUGAAGAUUGUAACGGAGUGUGUGAAGAUUGUUGCAGACUUCUAUGGAAACAAGCUGGAUAAGGUACCUAGUGUUGAUGACGUGGAAAAGGAUGUAUAG